AUGGUGGCACGCAGAGCACUAGGCAUGAACACCCCGCGGCGGAAGACCCCGCUAUUUGCUGCCUCGAGCUCGUCUCCUAUGGCAUUCCCGAGUUCCCCAAGCAAGCAAAAGACGCCAUCGCGUCGUCCUCUCUUUGCUAUGAGUUCUGACCCACCGGGGUCGGCGGCAGAUUCGGAGCCACUGGAUUUCCCUAUGAGUCCUACUCCGGCAGGCACGCCAAAGAACCGUCGAGGCGACAUCCACUCUUCUCUGAGCGUGACACCAGUGCCAGCUGCCUCCCGUCGCGCGCGCGCCCCACGCAACCUCGACAGUGACCUCAACUCCGAUGGCACCCACAUGUCCCUCCCCGCCUCGUCCGCGGCGAAUCUGACGGCAGCCUCGGUCCCCUCCGAUGAGCCAGACGAGAUUCGCGCGAUCUGGGGCACGACGGUGAACAUCAAUGUGACGAUGCAAACAUUCCGUGACUUCCUGCUCAGCUUCAAGGUCAAGUACCGCGUCGCCUAUGACCGCGAGCGCGGGCUGCCCACCCGCGUACUGGCCACGCCCGAAGAGGGCGAGCACACGCUGUACGUGACGUACCUGCGGCGGAUGCGCCAGACAGGCGAGACGAACCUGAACCUGGACAUGCUCAACCUGUCGUCCUACCCGCCGAGCCGGAAGCUGUUCAGCCAGCUCGUGAAAUACCCGCAGGAAGUGAUACCGGCGAUGGACCAGGUGCUCAAGGACCUCAUGCUGGAGGUCGCGGACCAAGACCAGCAGGCUGGCAUGGCCGGCAUGGUGGGUCCGGAAGGCGAAGAAGAGGUCGCGGACAUCAUGAGCAAGGUGUACAAAAUCCGGCCCUUUGGCAUGCUGGCCAUCAACAUGCGCGACCUGAAUCCGACAGACACGGACAAGCUCGUGUGCAUCAAGGGCCUGGUCAUCCGCGCGACGCCCGUGAUCCCGGACAUGAAGGUCGCGUUCUUCCGGUGCCUCAAGUGCAACCACACGGUGCAGGUCGAGAUCGACCGGGGGAAGAUCGACGAGCCGGCGGUGUGCCCGCGCGAGGUGUGCGCGUCCCUGGGGAGCAUGUCGCUCGUGCACAACCGAUGCGAGUUCGCGGACAGGCAGGUCAUCCGCCUGCAGGAGACUCCCGACGCCGUGCCCGACGGCCAGACGCCGCACACGGUGUCGCUGAGCGUGUACGACGAGCUCGUGGACGUCUCGAAGCCCGGCGACCGGCUCGCUGUCACGGGCAUCUUCCGUAGCAUCCCCGUCCGCGUCAACCCGCGCCAGCGCACGCUGAAGAGUCUGUUCAAGACGUUCUUGGACGUCGUCCAUGUGCGCCUCAGCAGUGGCGACAGACUGGGCUUCGACCGAAGCACGCGGCCUGGGGGCGGCGAUAGGAUCCCGGGCGUCGGCGGUAUGAGCGGCGUUGGCGGUGGCGCGAACGAAGACGACGAAGAUGUUGUGACUGGCGAGAGGGACCGGCGUGCGACGAGGCGCGAGGAGAUGGAGGCGAAGCUGCGGGAGCUCAGCCAGCGGCCUGAUAUCUAUGAGUACCUCGCACGCUCGCUCGCCCCGUCAAUCUGGGCUUUGGAUGACGUCAAAAAAGGCAUCCUGCUGCAGCUGUUCGGAGGCACGAACAAGAGCAUCGCCAGAGGCGGCGGUGGAGGAGGGCCGCGGUACCGGGGUGAUAUCAACGUUUUGCUGGUUGGUGACCCUGGUGUCAGUAAGUCGCAAAUCCUGCAGUAUGUGCACAAGAUCGCACCUCGAGGGGUGUUCACCUCUGGAAAAGGAUCCUCUGCUGUGGGUCUCACCGCCUACGUAACCCGUGAUCCGGAUUCAAAGCAGCUGGUGCUCGAGAGUGGAGCUCUCGUCUUGAGUGACGGCGGCGUUUGCUGCAUCGACGAGUUCGACAAGAUGUCGGACGCUACUCGUAGUGUGCUUCACGAAGUGAUGGAACAACAAACGGUCUCAAUAGCGAAGGCGGGCAUCAUCACCACUCUCAAUGCGCGUACCUCCAUCUUGGCUGCGGCCAACCCUGUGGGCUCGAAGUAUAACAGAAACGCUACGAUCACUCAAAACAUCGACCUGCCACCGACGCUCAUCUCGCGUUUCGACCUCCUCUAUCUCGUCUUAGACCAAGUCGAUGAGGCUCUCGAUAGGAAGCUAGCGCAGCAUCUGGUCAGCUUGUACCUCGAAGAUGUUCCACAGACAGCAGGGCAAGACAUAUUGCCUCUCGAUCAACUGGCGGCAUACGUUACCUAUGCACGUUCCCGUAUCAACCCAGCUAUCACUGAGGAUGCUGGGGAAGAACUCGUCCGCUGCUACGUUACGCUCCGCAAGGCAGGCGACGACCCACGGUCCAACGAGAAACGCAUAACUGCGACGACGAGGCAGCUAGAGAGCAUGAUCCGCCUCUCGGAGGCCCACGCGCGGAUGCGGUUCUCGCCGUUCGUCGAGCUCGACGACGUCAAGGAGGCGUAUCGCCUCAUGCGCGAGGCCAUCAAUACCAGCGCGAGGGACCCGACGACGGGCGAAAUCGACAUGGGCCUGCUCGACACUGGUAUUGGCCGGCAGCAGAGGAAGAUGCGCGGUGACAUGCGCAAAGCCGUCUUGGCCAUGCUCGAUGGCAAUGCUGGCAGCUCGCGCGGCGUCAAGUGGGCCGAGGCCCUCCAGCAGCUGGAGAGCCAGAGCUCUGUCCGGAUCAGCACGUCGGAGUUCCAGGAGGUCAUCAAGGAACUCGAGCAGGAGGGUAUGGUCAAGGUGGUGGGCGAUCGGGAAAGGAGAACGAUCCGCCGCGUAGAUGGCGCAUGA